CCCCCCCCCUCAAACACCCCCAAAAGGCAUCACCGCUGGCGGCCUGGGCUGCGCCAAGCUUCACCCAUGCGCCAGGUGGGUUGCCCAGCGCUGCCGCGGGAAAGCCUCUACACCACCCUGCCGCCUGCGCUACGAGCUGUGGGCGGAAGGCUCUGCCGAACUGUGGGCAAAUUUGGGUGCAGCAGCCAUGAUUUACCUCAGCGGAGAGAUCGCCGACCGAGCAAAAUCAGGCGCAGGACCAAUAGCGCGUAGCUUCUCGGCUGAAUCCAUCGCAUUGCAAGUUAACCGGCAAAAAUUGCUGGAAAUCGUACCCCGCCCCAACACUCGCCUAUACAAAGUCUCCAUCUUGACGGACUCCGGCCACCCCUCAUGGCAGUCCGAACGUGCCUCCUAA